AGAAAGAUAAAAGACUCCUCCUCUCUAUUGAUUUUCUCUUGGUUCAUCUAUAUAAUAAGAAUAUACAAGAGACUUUCACAGCCUCUAUAUUUUGUUCUUCAAGAGUUCUAUCUCUGUGCGAUUUCUUCUUCUCUUCUCAAGAAAAAGCUCUGUGAAUCUCAUUCAUCUUUCAUCAUCAUGUCUGACGAAGAGCAUCAUUUCGAAUCAAAGGCCGAUUCAGGAGCUUCAAAGACUUACCCUCAACAAGCUGGUACCAUCCGUAAGAACGGACAUAUCGUUAUCAAGGGCAGAGCCUGCAAGGUUGUUGAAGUUUCAACCUCCAAAACCGGCAAGCACGGUCAUGCUAAGUGUCACUUUGUUGCAAUUGAUAUUUUCAACGGCAAGAAGCUUGAAGAUAUUGUGCCAUCUUCCCACAAUUGUGACAUUCCACAUGUUAACCGUACUGAUUACCAGUUGAUUGAUAUCUCCGAGGAUGGAUUUGUGAGUCUCCUCACUGAUAAUGGUGGCACCAAGGAUGAUUUGAAGCUACCCACUGAUGAUGUCGUUCUCACCCAGAUCAAAGAAGGUUUUGCUGAGGGAAAAGACCUUGUGUUGUCUGUUAUGUCUGCCAUGGGAGAGGAGCAGAUCUGUGCUGUCAAGGACAUUUCUGGAUCCAAAUAGAGAAGAACUCUUAAGACUUUAUUACUGCAGUCUCUGUUUGUUACUUCAUAUGGAGAGAAGAUGUGAGCUUAAGUUAAUGAGUGGCUAUUAUUACUGCUAUCUUUCUGUUUUAGGCAGACAAGAUCAUAUAAUUAUUAGUUUUUCAUGGGAUGUUUUCUUUUCUUAAUUUUAAUUUUGGUGGGUUUGGUUUGCUUGAGACACACAUUAUCACAAGUAUACCUUUAUUAAUAGGGAUGGAAGAAGAAACAAUGUAUUUCACUGCUCUGCUUGUUGAUCAUGAUGUUGGAUAUGAUACUUGUGGGCUUUCCAACCCAUCUGUUAUUUAAAACCUAAGGUGUUUCUUCUCUUA